AUGGAACAUUCAUAUAUUCAAUUGAAUGAUUUACCGGAUGAAAUUCUUAUUUAUAUUUUUAAAAAAUUGACUAAUGCAGAAGUACUUUAUUCUUUAUCAGGUGUCAAUAAACAAUUAAAUAAAAUAAUAUAUGAUUCUAUUUUUACAAAUGAUUUGUCUCUUAUGAUGUCUACAUCGAAUGGUUUGGUUUAUUCAUUAUCUGAUUUAAUACUUGAUCGAUUUUGUUCAUAUAUUUUACCUUCGAUUCAUAAAAAAAUCCAAUGUCUUCACCUCGAAUCACUUUCAAUGGAACGUAUUCUUCGUGGUAGAAAUUAUCCGAAUUUAUAUGGAAUUAGUUUACAUAAUAUUCAAGCAAAAACAGCUAUAGAUCUUUUUACGAAUGAAACUUCCAUAAUUCGUACAUUGAAAAAUCAACUUUUAUCAUUAACUAUCGAUAUUAGUACACCGAAAACAGAAGAUUUUUCAUAUGAUGCAAACGCAAUUAUAUUUAAUCGUAUCUUUACUGUGUUCAAUAAUUUACAAUAUUUAAAUUUUGGUCGAUCUUCAAUGUGCGAUGACCGAUUAUUCUUUUGUUUGACACGUCCAACUGUUAUCUCUAGAAAUUUGUUAGAAUUACAUGUCUGCUUGAAAACUUUUUAUGAUUGUCUUUAUUUACUUGAUGGACAUUUCAAUCAACUUCGUACACUUCAUGUUGAUGUUUUUGUGAUUAACUUUAUGAAUAGAAGAGUCAACUAUACGGAAAAACUACCUACUUUAAAAUCCUUUUGGUUACACUGUAAUAUGACAAUAUUUGUUUAUGAUGAAUUAGUUUUACCAUUUUUACAUCGAAUGUCAAAUUUAGAAAAACUUGAUUUGUCUAUUAAUGUUGGUGAAAGAAAAACUCUUUUUGAUGGUAAUGAUUUUAAGAUGAAUAUUAUUAAUCAUAUGCCACAAUUAAACAAAUUCACAUUUAAUAUUUGUUCAUUAAGUAAUUUUUAUAAUGAAAUUAAUUUACCAUCAAAUGAAGAUAUUCAAAAGACAUUUAGCGACUUUUACGAUAAACAAAUUAUCUACUGGGCUGAUUAUUUUCCAAAACAAAAACGAGGUUAUUGCCAUAUUUAUUCAUAUCCAUAUAAACUGAAAUAUUACAAUAAGAUAACGAAUAAUUUUCCAGGUGGAAUAUUUAAAUAUGUUCGCGAAAUAUUAUUAUAUGAUGAACGCCCUUUUGAACAUGAAUUUUUCCUUCGAAUUCAAAAAUCAUUUCCAUUCAUCGAAGAAUUAACUGUACAUAAUCAUAAACGACAAAUUAAUAAACAAUUUAGAAAAUCAAUGAAUGAAAAUCAAGAUUUAUCAAUCAUUAAAUAUCCUUAUCUUAAACAACUUGAUCUUAUUGAUACUUGCAUAGAUUACUAUGAACAAUUCUUAUUCGAUACUAAAAUGGAUUUACCAUUUGGUGUUCGUGUUCUUAUGAAUAAUGAACUAGUGAAAAAAGUGACACGAAAUUUCACAAGAAAUAGAACAAGAAAUAACUGUGCGAAAAUUAAAAUUUUGUAA